GACGGUGUUUCUCUAUUCCAGAUACUUCUAAGAUUGGAGAUUCUUUUCUGGUGGGGAGACUCCGGGUCUGGCAGCCAGUUAGGCAGUGGCAAAAUAAAAUGGACAGCGAGAGACAAACGUUCCAGCCACCUUUCCGCCUCCCGGAGAUCCCGGAGCUCUUCUCCAGCCAAUUCGUUUCCCAGCUGGAGUCUCUGAGCGCGCUGGACUACGAGAGCCCAGGGAGCACCUAGAAGCUAGCUGCUCCUCGGAGAUGCCUUCGCCUGAGCAGUAAGAACUUCCUGCUUGAGUCCCUGCAUCCCCUCCCCCGUUGAAAUUCCCCAGGAAAGAGGGGCGGAAGACCCCGGGGGGAGGGGCGAGGGGUAUCCUGGCGCAGCUCUUUCUCCCCUCCCCUCCCCUGCCGGGCGCGCAGGCAUGGAUGUGCUCAGCCCCUUACAGGGCAACAACACUACGUCGUCCCAGGGUCCCUUCGGGACACGCGCCAACGCUACUGGCAUCUCCGACGUGACCUUCAGCUACCAAGUGAUCACCUCUCUGCUGCUGGGCACGCUCAUCUUCUGCGCGGUGCUGGGCAAUGCGUGCGUGGUGGCCGCCAUAGCCUUGGAGCGCUCCCUGCAGAACGUGGCGAACUAUCUUAUAGGCUCGUUGGCCGUCACAGACCUCAUGGUGUCGGUGCUGGUGCUGCCCAUGGCCGCGUUGUACCAGGUGCUCAACAAGUGGACUCUGGGACAGGUCACCUGUGACCUGUUCAUCGCCCUCGACGUGCUGUGCUGCACCUCGUCCAUCCUGCACCUGUGCGCUAUCGCGCUGGACAGGUACUGGGCCAUCACAGACCCCAUCGACUACGUGAACAAGAGGACGCCCCGGCGCGCAGCUGCACUCAUCUCGCUCACCUGGCUCAUUGGCUUCCUCAUCUCCAUCCCGCCCAUGCUGGGCUGGCGUACCCCGGAAGACCGCUCGGACCCCGACGCGUGCACCAUCAGCAAGGACCAUGGCUACACUAUUUACUCCACCUUUGGCGCUUUCUACAUCCCGCUGCUGCUUAUGCUGGUUCUCUACGGGCGCAUCUUCCGAGCCGCGCGAUUCCGCAUCCGCAAGACAGUCAAGAAGGAGGAGAAGAAGGUAGCCAACAACCGCCUUGGGGCGUCGCCAGCCCCGCAGCCCAGAAAGAGCGUAAAUGGUGAGCCGGGUAGCAAAGACUGGAGGCCGGGCAUGGAGAACAAGGCAACAGGGGCUCCGUGCGCCAAUGGAGCCGUGAGGCAGGGCGACGAAGGAGCCGCCCUGGAAGUGAUCGAAGUGCACCGGGUGGGCAACUCCAAAGAGCACCUGCCGCUGCCCAGCGAGGCCGGUGCUGUCCCCUGCGUCCCCGCCUCCUUCGAGAAGAAAAAUGAGCGCAACGCCGAGGCCAAGCGUAAGAUGGCCCUGGCCCGCGAGAGGAAGACGGUGAAGACGCUGGGCAUCAUCAUGGGCACCUUCAUCCUCUGCUGGUUGCCCUUCUUCAUCGUGGCCCUGGUCCUGCCCUUCUGCGAAAGCAGCUGCCACAUGCCCACCCUGUUGGGCGCCAUAAUCAACUGGCUGGGCUACUCCAACUCUCUGCUCAACCCUGUCAUUUACGCCUACUUCAACAAGGACUUCCAAAACGCAUUUAAGAAGAUCAUAAAGUGCAAGUUCUGCCGCCGAUGAUGAUGGAGGCGUAGCUGGC